AAAUUCCCACCCGUUUAUUCACCACCAUACAGAGCAAAAAAGAGCGGGAGACAGUCUCUCACUCCACUGAGCUCAAUCUCUCACUAACCCCUCAAAAUGUCGCCGUUGGCCGUUCGCCGCCUCACGGUGCUCGGCGAGUUCAAGCCGUUCGGAUUAAUCGCCGAAGCUCUCGACGGUAAGCCCGCCGAUAACGUCACCGACAAGUAUGAUUACUUCCUCUUUGACCCCGAAACCGUCCGAGAACUAGACGAAACGGAAGACAAUGACUCUUCGGCCUCCGCGCUGAGCGAUCGGUGCGAUCACGAGCUGUUCAUUCGACGAAAUCGGAUAAUAUGGUCAACCGGUCCGCGAGUGUUUAAGAGAUUCACAUUGCCGUCUCCAGUAAUCACGGCUUGCUGGUGUCGCUUGGGGGAUAUGACCGAAGCGCUUCUAUGCGUUUUACAAGUUGCUUGUUUAACAAUCUACAACACAUCAGGUGAAGUAGUCUCUGUCCCUCUUUCUCGAACCGUCACAUCGGUAUGGCCUCUUCCAUUUGGUUUGUUACUUCAGCAGGCAGCUGAAGUGAACUCAACUAUACAUGCUCCUUCUUCAUCUUCGACUACUUUGUUUGGCGUACGAGAUCUCCCUCGUCCUAGAAGAGAAAGUGGACAUAGUCCACAGCACAAUGUCAAUUUUGUGACUUCACUUGACCAUAUCGCCAAGGGAGAAACAAGCCCGGUGUCCUCACAUCUGAUUUUGAAAGAUCCAUUAGAAGAACCACACUUGGCUCAUAUUGAAGAAAGAGGAAAACUGAACUUAAUGAAGGAAUUUGAUGAAACUACUAUUUGGACAAGUGAUCGAAUUCCUCUUAUGGCAUCAUAUAAUACAGGAAAGAUGCAACAUUCUGUGUGGGUUGCAGAAACCAGUAAUUCUAACCAUGAAAUGGCAAGUGCUAGUUUAGUAGAUGCAGUUCCUGCUGGUGUUCUAGCAAAACAAUUCUCAUUUCGUAGAAUAUGGCAAGGCAAGGGUGCCCAUACAGCAGCUUGUAAGGUCUUUCUAGCGACUGACGAUGAUGCAGCUCCUAUUAUUUGUUUUCUUCAUCAAGAACAAAAAAAAUUGAUGUGUGUAGGACUUCAAAGUGUUGAGAUAAAUAAUGAAAUUAUAUUUGACAUUAAACCUGACAUGAGCUGGAGCAUACCUGCAGUUGCAGCAGCACCUGUGAUUGUUACCCGCCCUAGGGCGAAAGUGGGACUGCUGCCAUAUUCAGACAUGCUUGUUCUGGCUCCUGAAAAUGUCCUUCUUCUCUAUUCGGGGAAACAUUGCCUGUGUAGGUAUAUGUUGCCUUCUUGUGUUAGUGAAGGCCAAUUUUCACAUAAUUUAGAGUUUCCAGAAACAUCUGUUACUCAGGGCCUGAAGGUUAUAGGAUUGGCCGAUGCUGUUGAGGGGCGUAUCAAUGUUACUGUAAAUAAUGGGAAGAUGUUUCGGUGUGUAUUACGUAGAAGCCCUGCAUCUACCCUGGCAAAUGAUUGCAUCACAGCCAUGGCUGAGGGACUAAGUACCAGUUUCUAUAGCCAUUUUCUUAGUCUGCUUUGGAAAGAUGGUGACCUUGCUUAUUUAGCAGAAGCUGAUUCUAGUGUUCACUCGGAAUGGGUCCUUUGUAGCCUUAUAAUGGAAAUGUGUGGAUCAAGUGCCACUUCUAAAAAGAUUUCAAAUCCAAUGCCACAGUCAUCUUGGGAGUUUCUUAUUCACAGUAAAUUUCACAACAAUUUCUGCAAACAUAACUUUAUUACUGAAAACUCUUCAGUAACAUCAUUGAAUGUGCGAAGAGUGGACUCCUCUCGGAUAAAUUCAGAUGGUACAAAAAGGUCAGAUAAAACAUUUUAUCCAAAGCUGUUGAUGGAGAGUUUACAUUGUUUGCAUGCAGUAUAUGAGAGCCUGAAACUGAACAGUCUUCGCAAAAGGGACUUGGAGCUUCUGGGAUUUCUAUUAUGCAAUAUUGCUAAGUUUCUGGGUAAAGAAAGUUAUGUGGACCAUUACAUUCGUGAUUUUCCUGGCCUUUCUGGAACUGUUGGAAUAUGUGAAACAUCGUUUUCACAGGAAACUUCUCCAAGUUUAUUCAGGUGGCUUGAAAACUGUUUGCUACAUGGAUAUAAUUCAGCUAGUAUUAAUGAUCUUCCACCAUUGAUUCGUAAAGAUGGGAAUUCUAUUGUAAGCUGGGCCCGGAAGAUAGUCUCAUUUUAUAGUUUGUUAUCUGGUGCUAAACACAUAGGGAAGCAACUGUCAUCUGGUGUUUACUGUAAUAUUGCCACUGGAUCAUACAGCACAAAUGAGGAACUCACAGUUCUGGCAAUGGUUGGGGAAAAGUUUGGACUGCAACAGCUUGACUCAUUGCCUUCUGGUGUGUCUCUUCCUUUGCGACAUGCACUGGGUAAGUGCCGGGAAUCUCCUCCCACUGGUUGGCCUGCAGCUGCAUAUGUUCUUCUUGGUCGGGAAGAUUUGGCUUUGUCAUGUCUUGAACGAUCGUGCAAAUCUAAGGAAAUUGAAACCCAGACUAAUGUGAACUUAAUCUCUAUGUCUGCACCUUACAUGCUACAUUUGCAUCCAGUCACAAUUCCUUCUGCAGUUUCUGAUACAACUGGAUUGGAGAAUACUAAGUUUGAAGAUGCAGAUUCUGUUGAUGGGUCUACGAUUGAUGGCAUGGAGCAUAUCUUCAACACUAGCACACAGUUGCGCUAUGGUCGUGAUUUACGACUCAAUGAGGUUAGACGUCUCCUCUGCUCAGCAAGACCUGUGGCAAUUCAAACAUCUGUUAAUCCUAGUGCCUCUGAUCAGGACCUCCAACAGGCCCAGCUAUGGCACCUUGCACAAAGGACCACCGCCCUUCCUUUUGGUCGUGGGGCAUUCACUCUUGCUACCAUAUAUACACUUUUGACAGAGGCCUUUGCAGUCCCCAAGCUUGUUUUAGCAGGUCGGUUGCCUGCCCAGCAAAAUGCAACUGUUAAUCUGGACCCAAAUGUAAAGAAUAUACAAGAAAUCAAAUCUUGGCCUGAAUUCAACAAUGCUGUUGCCGCUGGACUAAGGCUGGCUCCUCUUCAGGGAAAAAUGUCAAGAAUGUGGAUAAUAUACAACAAACCAGAGGAGCCAAAUGCUAUUCAUGCUGGACUUAUCCUUGCGCUGGGAUUACAUGGUUAUCUUCGUGUUUUAACUAUUACGGACAUAUAUCAGUAUCUUUAUCAGGAACAUGAGACCACAACGGUUGGUAUGAUGCUCGGCCUGGCAGCUUCUUACAGAGGUACUAUGCAACCAGCAAUAUCUAAGGUUCUUUAUUUUCAUAUACCUGCUCGACUUCCAGUUGCAAGUGAAGUAGAGUUACCAACCCUUCUGCAGUCAGCAGGUCUAAUGUCAGUUGGGCUUCUUUAUGAAGGAUCAGCACAUCCACAAACAAUGCAGAUUCUCUUGUUGGAAAUAGGACGUAGAAGUGCAGGGGAUAAUGUUCUUGAAAGGGAGGGUUAUGCUGUUUCUGCAGGAUUUUCAUUGGGUCUUGUUGCAUUGGGUCGGGGAGAAGAUGCUCUUGGUUUCAUGGACACAAUGGUUGAUAAAUUGUUCCAUUAUAUUGGUGGAAAAGAAGUUAACAAUGAUAGAUCCCUUUCAUCAAUAUUAUCAGCCGAUGAACACAGCCGUGCUGCUGCACAGAUGAUGGAUGGAACUGCAGUCAAUGUUGAUGCCACUGCACCUGGAGCCACACUCGCUCUUGCUUUAAUGUUUUUGAAGACUGAAUCACAGGUGAUUGUGUCUAAGCUCUCUAUUCCUCAAACACAGUUUGAGUUACAAUAUGUGAGGCCUGAUUUCAUCAUGCUUCGUGUCAUUGCCCGAAAUUUGAUAAUGUGGAGCAGGAUUCAUCCUUCCCAAGAUUGGGUAGAGUCUCAGAUUCCUGAUAUUGUCAAAAAUGGUGUCAAAUGCCUUGGGGAUGAUACUGAUGAUAUUGAUGAAAUGGAUACUGAAGCAUUUGUGCAGGCAUAUGUCAAUAUAGUGGCUGGAGCCUGCAUUUCCCUUGGGUUGAGAUUUGCUGGUACAAAGGAUGCAAAUGCUCAGGAGUUACUUUACAGCUAUGCUGUUUACUUUCUGAACGAGAUCAAGCCAGUUUCUGCUACAAGUGGAACCUUCCCAAAGGGAUUGUCUCACUAUGUCGAUCGAAGCACAUUGGAGAUAUGUCUUCAUCUCAUUGUUCUUUCCCUGUCUGUGGUUAUGGCUGGUUCUGGACAUUUACAAACCUUUAAGCUGUUGAGAUUUCUCCGCAACAGAAAUUCUGCAGAUGGACAUGUUAAUUAUGGUGUUCAGAUGGCUGUAAGCCUAGCAAUUGGUUUCUUGUUCCUUGGGGGAGGAACACGGACAUUUUCAACAAGCAACAGUUCCGUUGCUGCUUUGCUGAUUACUCUCUAUCCACGAUUGCCUACUGGACCCAGUGAUAAUCGAUGCCACCUCCAGGCAUUUCGGCAUUUAUAUGUACUUGCAACUGAAGCCCGUUGGAUCCAGACGGUUGAUGUUGACACUGGUCUACCUGUGUAUGCGCCUCUUGAAGUUACUAUUAAGGAAACUGAACAUUAUUCGGAAACAAGUUUUUGUGAGGUUACGCCUUGCCUUCUACCAGAACGUGACAUUUUGAAGUCAAUACGCAUUUGUGGCCCUCGGUAUUGGCCACAAAUAAUAGAUCUUGUCCCUGAAGAUGAACCUUGGUGGACCCCUGGGGACAAGAAUAGCCCAUUUAAUUCUGGUGUUGUGUAUAUCAAAAGAAAGGUUGGAGCAUGUUCGUACAUUGAUGAUCCCAUAGGGUGUCAGUCACUGCUGUCACGGGCAAUGCAUAAGGUGUUUGGUUUGACAAGUUUAAAAGGACGUGAUCCCUGUUCAAGCGGGGACAAUGGACCUGGUUCUGUUACUGUUGACCAGUUGGUUGGUACGUUCUCAUCUGAUCCUAGCUUGCUUGCUUUUGCACAACUCUGCUGCGACCCUUCCUGGAAGAGCAAAUCUGACAUUAAUUUCCAAGAAUUUUGCUUGCAAGUAUUAUUCGAGUGUGUGAGCAAGGACAGACCUGCUCUUUUACAGGUCUAUUUGUCAUUAUACACGACAAUUGGAUCAAUGGCAGGUCAAGUUACCAGUGAUGCUGUUGUUUUAUCCGACUCUCUUGCUAUUUGUAAUCUUAAGCUUGCACUAGCCUACAACGAGACUUUGUUAAGCGGAAGAUCCACUGCUUCGAGAGGCGGCAUUGUUCAAUCCAACUUUAUAGCAUGUCUUAGGAAGCAGGUGGAAGAGCUCCUAAACUGUUCUCAGGACUUGAAGGACGACUUUUGUAAUUAUAUGUAUUCUGGGGGGUGGCCAAAUGGGGAAUUCCACGGAGAUAAACGCUCGAUACUUCUCUCUUGGUACCUUCAGUGGUUCGGUGUACCAGCUCCAUCUGUAAUUAAGAUGGCUGUGGAGAAAGUCAAGCCCAAGCUCAAGUCCUCGUCAACUUUGGUCCCUUUUUUACAUCUACUAUUUCCGAGGACUCACAUCAAUGCUAUUGCCGCGAUAGAUAAUCUUUUUUCAUCUAACGAGAGCAGAUGAGGCACGGAUUGUACAGAGUACGGUGAAGAUUCGUUGCAGAAUAUGUCUCAAGACGCGAAGGUAUCAUCUGUUCUUUGCUUUCCACCCUUAGAUAAUCAUUUUCUGUGGAGCAUAUCGCAUUCAUCUGCUAGACAGCCUCCGCAUUACAGAACCUUACAUGUAUAUUGUUUGAAGUAGGUAUAUGUAAAAUGUCGCAAUUAAAUACGAAACCUUUUAUUUGUCUUGA